AAUCACACGGGUUUUAUUUAUCAGUGGCGACGAGGAUUAAAAUAGCAAAAAAAAAAAACAAUGUCAGUGGGAAAACUAAGUGAGUUUGACGUGCAAGAGGGCAAUUGGAAGUUAUAUAUAGAUCGGAUGGACAUGUAUUUCAAGGCAAAUACGGUUAAAGAUGAACUGAAAGUACCGACACUUAUAUCGGUGGUUGGUGACGCGGCCUAUGAACUUAUGGUGAAUUUGUGCAGUCCGAGUAAACCGUGUGAGAAAACAUACAGUGAACUAGUCUACACAGUGCAAAAGUUUUUACAACCGAAACCGUCGGUGUUGGCGGAGCGAUAUAGGUUUAGACAGUGUAGGCAAAGUAACGGUCAGUCAGUUGCACAAUAUUUGGCGCAGUUAAAGAAAAUGGCGGCCAAUUGUGAAUUUAAUUUAAAUUUUAAUGAAAAUAUGAGAGAUCAAUUUAUUUGUGGAAUAUUAAGCGACGGAAUCCGACAAAGGCUGUUUGCAGAGGAGAAGAUAGAUUUUGAAAGAGCACUUUCAUUGUCGUUGUCUUUGGAGGCGGCGGAGCGGGACGCUCAGGUUGUCGAGAAUAAGGAAGAAGGAGUUUCAUACUCGUAUGUUGCAAGGCAGGGCAAUAUCACAACGCGAAAUAAACUUCACGAGUCCAGUUGUUGGGGGUGUGGUGACAUCCAUCACACGUAUAAACAGUGCAAGUUCAGAGACUAUGUCUGUAGCCGUUGUAACCAAAAGGGACAUCUACGGAGAGUAUGUCCAGUAAAAGAACAAGGGUUAUAUGGAGAUGAUGCGGCGUGGACGGCUGGGCCCCGAUAUCGCGUUCAGCGGGGAGCUAAUAUCCAGCGCGGAAGGGGCGUCCAACGUAAUCAGGAGAUACGGAGCCGGGGGCGCGGUUAUGGCACCGGAAACAAUGCGAAGCGACUCGAUAGCAAGGAAACUAGCCAGGCCCGGGCGUAUUGGGUGCGUGAGGGUUUCGAUGCGGGUCAUCAGAUGGAACAUCUGGAGGAAGCUGACGGUAACGCGUCUGACAGUGAUGAAGCAGUAUAUCAGAUGUCUUUAGGACAAUAUAAACCGAUAUUCUGAAGUGUUCGAGAAUGGGUUGGGGUGUUAUACGGGCGAAUGCGCCGUUUUGCGCCUGCGGCCGCAUGCGCAGCCCGUAUUCUGCCGGGCGCGACCGCUGCCGUAUGCGUUACGAGAGCGGGUCGACGCCGAGCUAGAUGCUAUGCUGAGCGCCGGCGUCAUCGAGCCCGUCGACCACUCUGAUUGGGCUACACCGUUAGUAAUUGUUCAUAAAGCUGAUGGAUCUUUACGUUUAUGUGUCGAUUAUAAGGUUACACUAAAUCGUGUCUUAUUAGUUGAUAAGUACCCUGUGCCAAAAAUCGAGGACUUAUUUGCGAGAUUAAGUGGAAGUACUAUAUUUAGUAAAUUAGAUUUGUCACAGGCAUAUGCACAAAUACGGUUAUCUGAGGACUCCACCGACCUCACUGUUAUCAAUACACAUCGCGGUUUGUUCAAAUACAAACGACUUGUCUAUGGUUUGGCUUCAAGUCCGGGAAUUUUCCAACGAAUCAUAUAUAAUUUGUUAAAAGACAUACCACAUGUUACGAUAUUCUUUGAUGACAUCUGUAUAGGAGGGCGAACAGAAGAAGAGCAUAUUAAAAGUUUGAUAGCUGUGUUAGAAAAAUUGAAGAGUCAUGGACUUAAAAUAAAGAAACAAAAAUGUAAUUUUUUUUCGAAGGAAAUAAAAUAUUUGGGCUACAUUAUAAAUAAAGAAGGAGUUAGGGCAGACCCGGAAAAAAUUAAUCCAAUAUUAAAAAUGAGGGCUCCUGCCAAUGUCUCAGAAUUAAAAUCAUUCUUAGGAAUGAUAAACUUUUAUGGAAAGUUUAUUAAAAAUUUAAGCAGUUAUUUGAGUUCAAUGUAUGAGUUGUUAAAAAAAAAAUAAAAAAAGUGGGUUUGGUUAAAAUGUCAUCAAUCAGCAUUUGAAAGAGUUAAAUGUUUAUUAAGUAGCAGUGAGGUGCUCGCUCACUAUGACGCAUCUCUGCCGGUGAUGGUCACGUGCGAUGCGAGUGCACACGGUAUCGGGGCAGUGCUGUCGCAGAGCGUGCCCGGCGGCGGAGGCAGUGGCGCGGAACGAGUCGUAGCGUAUGCUUCGCGCGCUCUCACGCCUGCAGAACGCAACUAUAGCCAAAUACAUAAGGAGGCUUUAGCUAUAGUUUUUGCUGUAAAGAAAUACCACCAGUAUUUGUAUGGUAGGCAGUUUGUGUUGCGGACCGAUCACAAACCAUUAGUUAGUAUAUUUGGCCCACGUUCGGGUAUUCCCAAUAUGACAGCCAGUCGAUUACAACGUUGGGCCCUCAUAUUAUCAGCAUACGAUUUUAAAAUAGAAUAUGUUUCGUCUGAAAAUAAUACAGCCGACGCGCUUUCGAGGCUAAUAGCUGCUUAUAAGGCGGAGGGGGAGAGGGAGGAAGACAGUCCCGAGCAGACUUAUUUACACUUCGCAGCAGAUGCUUUCCUGUUAGAUUAUAAUGAUGUAAGGAAAGAAACAAAAAGAGAUCCCCUACUAAGCAGAGUGCUUAGACAUAUUCGGGAAGGCUGGCCUACUAAUAAUGAAAUAAAAGAAUUACAACCUUUUUUCAAUCGUAGAAAUGAAUUAUAUACCGAGUUAGAUUGCAUCAUGUGGGGACAUAGGGUAGUGGUGCCGUACAAACUUCAGACGAGCGUUUUGCAGGAGCUACACGAGACACAUAUGGGAAUAGUAAAAACGAAGAGUGUCGCGCGCAGCUACGUGUGGUGGCCGGGGGUGGACGAGGCAGUGGAGCGGCAGUGCGCCGCGUGCGCCACUUGCGCCCAAGUAGCGGACGCUCCGCGUGCACACCAAACGCGCUCGUGGCCCUGGCCGAAUAAGCCAUGGUCUAGAAUACAUCUCGAUUUUUUAGGGCCAAUGGGAGGUGUUAAGUAUUUAGUGAUAGUAGAUGCUUGUUCAAAGUGGGUAGAAGCGAUCAAAAUGAAGUCUACUACAGCUUCACAAGUUAUAUAUAAAUUAAGAGAUUUAUUUUCUAGAUACGGAAUUCCUAAGCAGAUAGUGAGCGAUAACGGACCGCCUUUUUCGAGCGAGGAACUUAUGCAUUUCUGUAAAUUUAACGGUAUAGAACAUCUAUUUUCAGCUGCAUAUCAUCCUGCGUCUAAUGGGGCGGCUGAAAAUGCGGUUAAAUUGUGCAAAAAGGUGAUUAAAAAAGCGAUAUUACAAAAGGUAGAACCGGAAACUGCAUUGAAUCGAUUUCUUUUGAUGUAUAGAAAUACAAUACAUAAUACUACGGGUGACAGUCCGGCUCAAUUAUUUUUAGGUAGAUCCAUUAGAACGCGUUUGGAUUGUUUAAGACCUGAUAGGGAGAAACACGUGUCAACAGCACAACGCAAACAGGAACUGGCGGCUAGGGGGACACAGAGGUAUUUCGAAGUGGGUGAUAGGGUAUGGUAUAGACAGUUCGGCACAAAAACCAAAUGGGGAGAAGGUAUAAUAUUAGAAAAAUUAGGCAGCACUGAUUAUAAUAUUCAAACUAAGGACAAGUCCAUUAAACACAGGCACAUAGAUCAAUUGAAAAGGCACGAUAUAGACACACAAACUAACGGUAACACGGAACGUAAGGAUUCAUGGCUGUGUCCAGAAUUGCUAUCUUUGCCUAUCCCGGGUGAAAGUGAGGGGUCGGAGGGCUCGAGGGUGCCGCUAGCGGGGCGGGCGGCCAGUCCGGCAGAAUGGGGGAGUGCCAGGGAGCGUAGGCUACCAGUCCGUUAUGGAUUGGAUGAAUAUGUAACGAUCUGGAAUCAAACAUAAUUAUGUAAUAUAGAUUUUAAUCAUAGUAUAUUUUAUUCAUAGUAUAUAAACGGAAGGGUGAAUAUGUCAUUGCAUAAAUAUUGUGUUUAAAAGUUAAUUAAAUGAUUAUUAGGAAUUAAGGGUGGAGGUGUUGGGUAUUUAAGUAUAAAAAUAGUUAUAAUUGAUGUAGGUACUUUGAUAUAUUGUAUGAGUCAGUCGCGCAAUAAACGGAGUAAUAAUCACACGGGUUUUAUUUAUCAGCAUUGAGGUCACCGAGUACCAUCACAGGACGUGUUGAAAAUUGUCCUAUAAGGGCUCCCAACCCAUCUAUGUACUGCCCGAACUCAGCAAAACUCCUGUUGGGAGAGAAGUACACCCCGACGACAAGGAUUUCCCCCCAGCUCACGCCAACGAUGCCGGACGAACUGAAGAGACCCGCGGCCUGCGGGGAGGUAGGUUUCCUACCAACACUUCCUACCGCAACCAGCGCAUCAGUGUCGCCAAACCAGUUAUCCCCUAGAGGGAUAAACAGAGGCUCGGCGGCCACAACCAAAUCCACUCCCAUUUCUGCGACGCUCUGAAAAAGAAGAUUUUGAGCGUCGCGGCAGUGGUUCAGAUUUGCUUGUAGGAUGCGAUGGUGCAUUUAUCGAAGUUCCAUCGCCUCCUGCACACCCCUCUGGGAAGGUCCAGCGGUAGGGGUCAUAGUUGGCCCUCUUUUCCACCCCUGAGGGGGAGUACAGGUUUUUGCCCCCACUCGGUGAUGUAGUCCCCCCUGGAAACCAUCAUGUUCAAUUCCAAAUGUAUUCAUCACGAUGGGCUAACUGA